AUACAGAAAAACAAUCUUCUGAUAAAAAAUCGCCACUCGCCUCUUUUCCCUCCCUGUUCUCUCUCUGUCACUCUCCACACUCACAAGCACGUCGCGUUGGAGGUGUGUGUCUAAUUUUCCCUCCGGCCAAAUGCCGGCUUCAGCGUCCACAAACCUACCACUGGAUCUCAUUGGUCGCCUGAAGUCGAGCGAAGGAGAGGCGAAGCUAAAAGCCCUAAGAGAAGUGAAGAACCAGAUCAUCGGUAACAGAACCAAGAAGCUUUCUUAUAUCAAGCUCGGCGCUGUACCUGCCGUCGUCGGAAUCCUUGCCGGCGCCGCCGAUUCCGACGUUCCUCUCCUAGUCCAAUCCGCCGCCACUAUCGGCAGCUUCGCAUGCGGCAUCGACGCCGGUGUCAAGGCGGUUCUCGACAGCGGAGCCGUCCCUCAUCUGUUUCGCACCCUUUCCAAUCCAGAUGCUAAGGUUGUAGAUGCUAGUGCCCGUUCUCUGAGAAUGAUUUUUCAGGCAACAUUGGCGCCAAAAUAUGAUUUUCUUAUAGAGAAAAAUAUGGAGUUCCUUCUUUCGCUUCUGAACAGUGAUAAUGAGAAUGUAACAGGACUAGGUGCAAGCAUCAUUAUACACUCGUGUGAGACAAAUAUAGAGCAAAAAGCAUUGUGUGAUGCUGGAGUUCUACAGAGGCUUUUCUAUCUACUUGAAGGUUCUUUAAAUCAGAGGGAUGCAAGCUUAGAUUCAAUAGCCACAAUUGUCAAGAAUAACUCUAACGUCAUCUCAAAGUUUGUGGGACUUGUGGGUGGAACAGCUUUAAGUACUAUAGCUGAGUUGACAAAGGACAGGAACCCCCGUACAAGACUGCUUGCUUGCAUUUGCUUGAUUGUUAUAGGAAAUGCUUUUCCUUGCUAUCUUCAAGACAUCGGAACAAAGACUAAGUUGAUCUUGAUCUUAGUUCAGCUUCUUGGAGAGCCUGAUCAAGUUGGGGAUGAAUCUCCAUUUGCUUUGGCGAAUCUAAUUGCAGAAAAGGAGGAUCUACAGAAACUGGCUUUUGAGGUUGAUGCUGUUGAUAAACUUUGCAACUUCUUGCAUAAAGGUCCGCUACAAGUCAAACGUCUACAAGGAAUAUUGCUGGCAUUAGGUGAACUAUGCUCAAAGGUGGAAAUCUGUAGGUCUAGAUUCCUCUCACUGCAGGUCUUGAAUGUGGUAACAGAUGCACUGAAUCAUGAUAGUCUGGAUGUGCGGAUUGCAGCUUGCAUCUGUAUGAGAAAUGUUUCUCGCUCAGCUAAGAACCUGAGUGCAGGUCGUUUUAUGAACGAAAUGAUCGUCACCUCUCUGGUGCAACUUUUGAAUGACCCUUCUACAUCAGUACAGGUUGCAGCUCUUGGUGCUCUUAGCAACAUUGUGGUUAAUUUUACAAGACAAAAUUCUAUUUUUAUCCAGUGUGGAGGCAUGAAAGAGCUUGUUAGGCUAUCGAAAUCCAUGGAUUCUGCCCUGAGGUUAAACUCUGUAUGGGCUUUAAGGAACUUGAUGUUUCUUGCGGAUAAAACUCACAGAGGAGAUAUUUUUCUGGAGCUGACAUCAUCCUUGUUGGCAAGCCUCAUCUGUGAUCCAGAGCCUCUUAUCCAGGAGCAAUCUCUUGCCCUUGUCCGCAACCUUGUAGAUGGAUGUAUCAACUGCAUUGAGCUUGUGUUAGCAGAUGAUGGUAUUAUUAUAAAUGCUGUUGGAAGGCAAUUGUGGAGAUCUUUGAAACCAGAAGUCUGCAUACAGGGAAUGUACAUGCUAAGUAAUGUUGCAACUGGGAACGAGUUCCAUAAAGAUGCAGUUAUGCAUCAACUCCUUCCAUCUAAAGCCAGUGAAUGCUCCCAAUCUUUUGUAAUGAAGUUUUUGCAGAAUAAUGAUAGUAGGCUACGCACUGCGGCUGUUUGGUGUGUUGUAAAUCUUACUUAUCCUAAUUGUCCUGGUGCAUCUGAUCGUAUCAAGAGACUACGGAAUGCAGGCAUAAUUUGUCAAAUGAAGAAUAUGGUUAAUGAUCCCUCCUUGGAUGUGAAGUUUCGAGUAAGAACAGUUCUGAACAUUGUAUGAUUUCUGGGAGCACAGCUAAAAGCUUGAUCUUUUCUUCACAAUCAUUCAUUCCCAAAAACUUUAGGAGGGGAUUUGGCUUUGGUUGGUGCUGGAUUUGGCCUGAUUUUUAUCAGUGUAUAACUGCUCCAAACCCUUUUGCAGGGUUACAGUGACAGGAUAGGCUUUACCUUUACAGAUACAAGUUCACAAUGUUCUCUAUGAAUUGAAUACCUGCAUUUAUUUUUGCAGAACUUGCAUGUUUUCAGUUGCUAGUUUAAGCAAUGGAGGAACUUGCUUGUCUACUGUGCAGUUUCUAGCCUGUUAGGUUAUCUGAUUGAGAUCCCUGUGUCUACAUCCAUGAAUCUCAGAUCUCAUUGGCUCGGAUCUUUUUUUAGCUAUCCGUCACUGUGCUGAGGUAACCCUGUUGUAAAUAUAUAAUGUGGUAAAUGUGCUUUAUUG